AGAGGGAACAGGAAGAAGAAGAAGAAGAAGAAGUCUAUGGGAGGGAGCCGAGUUGCCUGUGGGGAAUUCUGCCGUGACGUAAUUCUACUUCCGCUUGCCGGUUUGAUGUUUCCCGUGUUCCACUGGUUCUGAUGCUGCGAGCUGAUCGAAACUAACCGAGGAAAAGCUGACCGACCCCAGUUUCCUUUAUUUAUUUAUUUUAAAAGAAAUGACCUCAGGUUCAACUUGUUCCGUUGCAGACUGCCACAACAAUUCCAAGAAACUGAAAAAUUUAUCGGAAACCGUUUGUCUUAAGCACCAGAAACUACGCCGAGAAUGCCCGUGCCCUGCGCCCUACGCCCUGCACUCCAUGCCGAGGAAGGAGCAGCGAAAGCUGGCGUGGCUCGCGGCUUUAAAGCUAAAACAUCCUCCGAAGAGAGUGUAUGUUUGCUCCUACCACUUCGUCGACAAACAUCCGACAGAACUGCACCCCGAUCCGGAACUUUAUCUGGGUUAUUACCGACCUCCUCCUCCUGCGAAGAGGCCAAUGCUCGUCCCCCCAAAGUUCACCCAGACGGAUGAAAACGUCGAGAAUGGGCCUCACUGCACAUCGGGUUUGACUUCACCUGCCUCAGACCAGAUCGGACCAGCAUCUCAAGUCCUGCACAGUCCCCCUGACCUACAGAAGUGCUCGGUCCAGACACAGUGGGAAGACCUUGCACUACAGGAUCAUGAUUACUGCGAGACGGACUAUAGCCACGACGUGCAGGAUGAGAUUGGCUACUUCACGCUUCAAAAUGAUGCAGACGCUUUGCUCUACAUCGGCAUAGCCUUAAAAACAUUUAACACGCUUGUGUCAACACUGGAAGGACAUGCCAAUAAUUCACUUCCACUGCCGGUGAAAGAUCAAGUUCUCAUGACACUUAUGAAAUUAAAGACCAAUCAGGUCGUCGGCCAUCUGAGCAGACGGUUUCAUACUUCACAGAGCAUGGCUAGCAAGAUCAUCUCAUACUGGAUUGACAAACUGGAUGAAGUUUUGCGACCUCUAAUUCCAUGGCUUCCCAGAGAAACCAUUCGUGCAACCAUGCCUGCAGUAUUUAAGGGGAACUUCCCUAACGUAACAUGUCUUCUAGACUUCAGCGAAAGCCUUUUACAAAAACCCGAAAACCUUAAUUCCAGACGGGAAUCACACAGCCAUUAUUAUUCACAUAACACAGUGAAAUACCUGGUAGCUGUUGCCCCGUGCGGACUGAUUAUGUUUGUUUCUGCCGCGUAUGGGGGGCGAUGUAGUAACAAAUUCAUCACCAGGGACUCGAGAAUAUUGGACUACUUGGUGCCUGGAGAUGAGGUUGUGGCAGAUGGAGGCUUUACCAUAAAAGAUUUGCUGUUGGAGAGAAAGGUGAAGUUGGUGCUGCCUUCUUUUACAAAGGAGCUUGGGCAGCUACCUGAGGAACAGGUGACAAACACUGGACCGACUGCAAACGUAGUAUUUCACGUGAGAAGAGCAGUUGGACGUUUGAAAGAUUACAAAAUACUUUCACAGGUUGUCCCGAUCACCAUGACUCCUAAAAUAGAUAAGAUCCUGAGAAUCUGUGCAGCUAUGGUGAACUUAGGAGGAUCUCAUUCGUGAUUUAAACCAAUAUGACGUUGAAUCAUGAGUGGACCCUACAAACAGGGCUAUGAGGACUGAACACACACUAUACUGUAUACGGCUAUCGAAUAAAAUGGCGUCAUAAUAUUCAA